CAGUUAUGGAAAGUAUUUCUUUAAAAAUUGUGAAUAAAUAUAUUUUUUUAAUUAUUUAGUUUUAAUAGUAAAUUGACAUUUGAUUAACUAUGGAAGUGAAUGAUCAGCAAAAGUAUCGAUUUCUUAUUUUGGGAGGAAAUGGUUUUAUCGGUCGAAACUUUGUUGAGUUCUUAAUCAAUGAAAAUAUUGCUUCAAAGAUCAGAGUUGUCGACAAAGUUGUGCCACAAAUGAAUUAUUUUAAUGAAAGACAUAAGAAUAUAUUCUCUAAUAAAGUGGUUGAAUAUAAAUCAGCGAAUCUAAUAAACAAAAUUUCGUGUCAAAAGGCAUUUGAAGACGAGUUGGCAUUUGAUUUUGUUGUAAACUUUGCCGCAGAGACCCGAUUGGGACACUCGGAACCAGUCUAUGAGGAAGGCGUUUAUAAUCUUUCCAUUAACUGUGCAAAAGAAUCGGCAAAACAAAAUGUUAGGCUAUAUGUGGAGCUAUCGAGUCAUCAAUUUCAAGACAAACUAAUUAAUCAUUCAUUAGACUCCACUUGCGAUUCAUUACUGCCAUUCACACCAUUAGCCAAAUACAAGUUGAAAGUUGAAAAAGAUUUAAAAAAUAUUGAAAAUUUAGAUUAUAUUAUCAUUAGACCCGCACUGGUCUAUGGAUUGGGAGAUCGUAUGUCUUUAAUGCCUCGGAUUGUAAUUUCAUCGGUUUAUAAGCAUUUAAAUGAAACGAUGAAACUCUUAUGGAAUAAGGAUUUAAAGCUAAAUACAGUUCACGUCCAAGACUUAUGCGAUGCCAUUUGGUUUUGUUGUCUUAACGGCAAAAUUGCAAACAUCUAUAAUGUGGUAGAUAUGGGAAACACCACUCAAGGCAUUAUCGACCAAAUUUUAUCUGAUAUAUUCAGUAUUCAAUUUGAUUACUGGGGAAACAAUAUGUCUAAAGUUAUACUAAAAACAAAAGGUUUGGAUGAAUUAAUUGAAGAAAUCAAUGACAAACAUAUGAAAAGUUGGUGUGAUUUGUGUGUAAAUCAUAAAAUAUUAAAUACUCCAAUCAAUCCUUAUUUAUAUAAAGAAAUGCUUCAAAACACCAAUUUAUCACUAAAUGGUCAAAAAAUCUUGAGUUUAGGAUUUUCAUAUAAAAAGCCAAUUAUUACUAAAGAAUUAAUUUUGGAGAUAAUAACGGAUCAAAUAAAAUUGGGAUUAUUUCCAGAUAUUUUAUAGCAAAUUAUUAAAUGUAUUAAACAAUUUAAGCACAAACAUUUACUUUAGGUAUCACAUGAAUUGUUAUUGUGGUAAAUAAGAUAAAUCAUUAA